CUUGCUAUGGAGCGAUACCGAAGUGCCCCUCCUCACGUUUGAACCUCUGUGAUUUCGCUCAAGUGUCGCUCGGAAUGAACGUGGUUUCAACGGUGUGCAUAGUGGGCUGAAAGCCUUUCAGCUUCGCGGUCGGCGAUGUGCUAGUGUCGCGGUGUGUGGAACAAGUUGCGGGAGUGAUGCAGCGUGGUCUAGAUGCCAUUGCAGCGCGGCGUGAUCGAGGAUGUUGAAACAUAUGCUUUCGCCCAACGGCGGCAACGUGACGAUGGAGCGGGGAGCCGGGGGGCCCGAGCGGGGCGGCUCCGGCGUCCUCGGCAACGGGGGCACCCUCUCGCCGUCGGCGACCCUCAACGGCGGGAUCGGCCACCACAUCGGCCACGGCCACCGCUACAUGAACCAGAGUCAUCCGCGCCUCAACCACUCGCACGGGCUCAAUAUCUCUACGCUCUCCACCUCCAAGCACUCCCUCGGGGGUAAUUCCUCCUCGGUGAGCCCCCUGGGCAUGACUCACGCCCCGAGCGUUCAUUCCCACCACGGCCCGAAAAUGGCCAACGGGGGCUUGAACAUCUCCCGAACGCACGUCCCCGUCUCGCCGGUCUCGCCCGGGGCGCCGGCCACCCCGGCCCGGCGCCUCCCCGAGCGCGCCCAGAGCCUCAAGCAGGGCGACGGCGUGAAGGAGCAGCUCACGUCGCUCGGGCUCCUGUGUCUAACGUCGCUCAUGGUGGCCAUGCUGGCUCUGAUAUUCCUGCUCAAGAUCUCGCCGGUCACCCCGGCCGACGUGAGGGACCUGAUGAGGAACGAGCAGCUGACGGUCAUCUCGCCCGACGAGUAUAUCACCGUCUACGAGGUGACGCUAGCCCUGUGCGCGCUCUCCUUAUCGCUCAACCUGUGCUGUCUUCUAGUCUGUUCUGUCCAGUUUCUCUUCGCCGUCAAAUUGGUUCGCACUUGGCCCAACGGUGAAAGGAGUAACAUUUUUCUGCAGAAGUCGUCGAUAACGAGGGUGUGCGCCAUCGGAGGUUUCUUCAUUUCGAUUCCGGUUUUUCUGACAGGGAUCAUCUUGUACACGCUCAUUCAGUUUCAUUCGACCCCGGCCAUCAUCACGAGUGCUCUCAUUGGGCUGGGCAUCGUCUUUUGCGGCUGCGCCAUGGUACACAACGUCUUUAUAUGGCAGAAGGAAAAGACGAAUGCUGUAAAGGAGUUGACUGCAGAAAAAAUAGCCAGUCAGCGAGGAAUUAGUGUGAUAUCAUCAGCCAAGUUGCGACCUUUACCCAAUGCAACUUUGGAUCUGAGUUCUGUCACCACUACACCCCAUGAACUCUCCACUCUAGUCUAAGUCUGUUGCUCCCAGGAACCUAGCUCUCUAGUGCUAGAAUAACUAAGAUUUCUUUUAGGAGAAAGAAAGGAACAUUCCUGUCUGUUCAUGCCGAGGUUGGCCCAUGAAUUUUUAUCAUUCAAGAAGGUAGAAGAGAGUGUCAGAAAACACCCUUAUUUAGAAUAUAUCUCACUGGGACUUAUUUGAUAGUCUCUAGAGUGGGUAGGUUCUCAGGCACUUAAAGUGCCACCUAGCCUCUUUCAGAUAAAAAGCUAUUGUAGGUACCUGAUUUUUCUUUCCGUAUGGUGGAUCUACCGUCAGUUAGCUGUUGGUGUCAAACUAGUGUUCAAUUAAUUGCAACAAUUAAAUUUUAAAAAACAAUUUUUUUUUUAAAAAAAACAAAAAAAUUUAGAAAGUACUAUUUUUAUUCUCAAAAAACAAAGGCAGGCAUAGCUAUGAAAUUCAUAAACAUUUGCACAGUUAAUAGCUCUGGUUUAUCAUCUGUAUUUUAUUUUUUGUUUGUUUUUAUCAAUUAAACAACAUUUGCUGAAGUGUUUAAUCUAACUGGUACAAUGAAUUGCACGCUAUAUUUCGACCCUGAGAGCAAUUGACUAUUGCAGUUGAAUCCCCUGAAAACUAUGAGAUGUUUUAGAUAUGAGUCAGUAAACAAUUUCAAAAGGCUUUUGUUCAACUGCAUCUCCAAGUUGGAAAGGCAUAACUAAAAAUUUCCUUAAGAAUUUAAGUACAACAAGAUCUCCAGAAAUACUUACUUUUUUCAUUAUUGUACAUUUUAAAUUUUAAGUGCCUUCUAUAAAGUGAAAUGUUGCACUUUUCACCAAGUUAGGAUACUUUUUCUUCUGAAGAACUUAGAUGUACAGUCCACAAGUAUUCUCAAUCUUUUUUAUGAGUUAUUUGAUUUUUACUCAAAAAAGAGAAGAUAAACUUUUAUGUUCUUUUUUAUAGGUUGCUCGAAAUCUAUUGAAAAGAAAUUUAAAGUUAGUUUUCUGGAAUUAUUCAAGAACUAUUAUCCACAUCAUUUGUAGCGGAAAAGAAAUCACUAUUUAUUAUAUUUUAAAGUUAAAAACCUUUUGAAGACUGAUAAGUACAUCCUGUUGUUUUAUCUUGAUCACUGUAAAUUGAGUGAUAAUACAGGCAUGAGAUAUUUUCAUAUAUUUUUCAAGUUCAUAUUUUCUGAAGCAACCCAAAAAAAUUGUCUGUCACUGACAUAUCUACAAACCUCAUACUUAACUUAAUAAAAAUUUACCCUAGGAAUCCUUGUUCUCGCCUCUAGUGCCUUUUAGGUGUUGUAAGUAAGUGUAAAUUACUUGUAAAAAUUAUACAUUUGUAAAUAUAGAUAUACAUUCUGUUUGUUAUAAAAUUCGAUUACUUUUACAAAAUAUUUUCAAUAUAAGAUGUUUUAAACUACCGAA